AGUUGCUCCGACAUAGACAUGUACUCGAACGCUCUGCAAUCGAAGAUGAGUACUCCUGGUCGAUUUUUUUGCUACGAUCAUGGAUGGCUGAUGGGCCCUACUGAAUAUUAUGGACCACAGCAGAACAUUCCCAUUUAGUAUCGGGCGUGCUUUUUGUUCACGCAUCCACUUCAAUACUGUAGGCGUUUCCUGUAGCGGUGACUCAAUCACGAAGAAGAGUGAAGCUAUAUUGCCCCUACGUAAAAAGAGGAUGCAUGCUCGUCCAUCUUUAUUUGCUCCGUAAUUAUGAUUUUGCAUUAUAUGUGUAUAUGCUCUCUAUUUUUACUUCUAACAUUUUUUGGAAGCUUACAAGCACAACGGUUAUGGGAUUUAUUUUCCUAUUGGAUUCAUUUCCGACCAUGAUCUGCGAAAGGUGGAAAGCAACAACGUGGACACAACUGGACUAGGAGCGCCGCCUUCACAGCAAUCAGCUUCGACUACAUCUUCUACAAAGCCUACUUGUCUUCCUCGCACGCGUUCGGGUGUCAUCAAUGCCCCAGAUUGGAUGGACCGGUUCUUCUCUAAUCCUUGGGAUGUUGUAGAAGACCCACUCGAAACAGCUAUCGACCUUCUAAAGGAGGCGUACCACGGAC